ACUGACCCUGAUGCUGGGUAUAUGAGCUACCUAAAUUUCUUGAACACUCACAUUCGUGUCCAGACUCCAACAUGUUCAGUAAGAUCGCCAUUGCUUGCGUGCUUGUUGCCGUGGCCGUAGCGCGGCCUGACAAGCCUCCCACCAGAGGCUACAGCUACGACGAACCGUCCAGACCCUUCGUGUCAGGCCGCUACGACGCCCCUGAAGCCGCCACCACCACCACAGAACGUGCUCCUGAAGCACCAAGGGCCUCAUACCAAGCCCCACAGCCCACCUACCAAGCCCCACAGCCCACCUACCAAGCCCCACAGCGCACCUACCAAGCCCCACAACCUACCUACCAAGCACCCGAAGAAUCCGAUGAGGAACCUGAAGUGACCUACGCUGCGCCGGCUGCUCCCAGGGCCACGUACGCCGCUCCCAAAUCUGAGGAGUCCGAGGAAGAUGCGCCUUUGAUGCCGUUCGACUUCGGCUACAUCGUUGAGAACGAAGAAUCAGGCAGCGAUGAGGAGCUGGCAUACGGUCACAAGUCGAACUCAGACGGGCAGCAAGUGACUGGACAAUACAGGGUCCUGCUCCCCGACGGCCGCACCCAGAUCGUCACCUACACCGCCGACAAGGAGCACGGGUACCGCGCUGAUGUCACCUACGAAGGCGAAGCCCGCCCCUGGGUGCCUCCACAGGCCGAUGAUGAUGAUGAUGAUGAUGAUGCAUCAUACGCAGCUCCAUCUGCCCCACGCUCCGCCUACUCCGCUCCCCAGUAAAACUUGGAACACAGUGUGAUGUUUCUGAGUCAUGAGUGUACACAGCUAUCCCAUCGAUGCUACUUAUUAUUUAUUUUCGAAUAAUAAACUAUUUGCCUUCAUUGCGAAACAUUCA